AUGCUGCUCAGCGAUCAACAGCCAAUCAACACCGCUUACCAUACGCCCAACAACUUCAAAUCCGACCAUGUUAUCGACAAAAUCGAUUACGAUAGUGUAACCGACAAAUUUAUCAACACAACGAAUAUCUACUAUCACCAACUACACAGAACAAAUGUAACUCUUGCGACAGUCUGCAACACGAACAACGUACGAAUUGCAGACGGCGAUCCAUACCAACUGACCGACCAAUGUUUAUUAUACGAUUUCGCCAUAUUCACAAUUUCCAUGGGUUCCUUCUCUCUGCUCGGUCUCGUCGGUAAUGCGGUUUCCUUCGCUGUCCUGUCCAGGGAUCGAAAAAGUAAAUCGGUGACAUCUUUUUUGCUAAGGAGUUUGGCGGUUACCGACAUCUUGGUUCUUUUGGCUGCACUCCCACUUUUUGUUUUUCCAGCCGCCUGUCAUUACCUUGACAAAACCGCUGGCUUUUUUGCUCUUUUCCUUGAUCUCGUCCCUAUUCUUUGGGGAGUUUAUCAGGUUCCCUACACGGCGACAAUAUACGUGACAGUCUUGGUCUCCAUGCACCGCUACUUCACGGUCUGCAAGCCAAGCAUGACCAGCAACGAAGUGACCAAUCGUUUCAAGAAGAUGUUCCGAGGUCCCUACACCUUACCACAAGCCAGGAAUCGCAUGGUAAUGAUCGCCAUAUUCGCCCUGGUCUACAACAUUCCUCGUUUCUUCGAAUACGCUCCUGUUUACGUGUGCUCCAGUUUGGAGGAUACGACGCCGAGGAAGGCCUUCGACAUGACGGCCCUCUCCAAUAAUCGUCUGUACAGACUGCUCUACUCCAACAUCAUGUAUUUCGUUCUCGUGCAUGGAGGUCCGUUGCUGAUGAUCGCCUACUUCAACGUCUGCUUGAUUGGCGCCCUCAAAAGGAGACAGCGGAGAAGAAUUGAAAUGGGCAAGGGCUGGUGCCAGCAAGACGUCUCUUUAGUCCUGGUAGCUGUCAUGUGCGUCUUCAUCGUAUGCCAGACGCCGACGUUCAUCGACCACGUGAUCCUCACCUGGUCUGGCAAGGAAGAGCGAUUGUGUGGUCACUGGAUCUACUACUACACUGCGUUCGCAGACUUCAUGUCGCUCGUCAACUCGUCAGUCAAUUUUGUCGUCUACAUAAUUACAAGCCGUAACUUCCGACACGGAUUAAUGCUGUUUGAUUUCGUGAGUAAUCGUUCUCAAGUUGCUGUCCUUCAACAACAACAUCAACAACAAAACACAUUACUUACAUUCAGCAACAACAACAACAAAGCAAGUUACACAACGUGCAAACAUGAUAGGAGGUUGACACAAAUGUGA